AUGGAGUCGGUGGAUGUGAGCGCGUACCAAAAGAUCGCGGGCGGUGGCCGAUAUGCCGAUUUGUUGGUGGGUAAGGGGACGGAGGUCAACGCCGGCUCCAAGGUCUCGCUGCAGUGGGUCCUGCGCCGAUCGAAUGGGUACUACGUCGACGGCAGCAUCAAGAUGCUCUCAGCGCAGUCGGGUGCCGUUCGGGUCAGCGACAAUUUCGACGAGAAGGAUAGCUUUGUGUUCACUGUCGGCGACGGCGCGGCCAUGCCAGGCGUCAACGAGGGCAUUAAAGGGAUGCGGCAGGGCGGCAAGCGCCGCCUCGUCCUCCCAGUCAAGCAGGCGUAUACGCUGCCGAUCGACAGGAGCCCUGGUCCGCUGCCGGACGGCUACGGCCCACGGCGGCAGAUAGAGCGCGAGCUGCAGCGACAGGAUCCAUACAACUAUUUCUAUCUCGAGGUCGAGGCCACGCGCGUGCGGUAG